GACUGUUGUGUGCUCACUGCUCACAACACAAGUAAUGAUGGAUUGUGAAAAUGAUAAAAUUGAGUUAAAUAAAAUGGAAGUGAAACAAGAAGUUAAUGAAAACGAAUACACAUGUAAAGAAGAAAUAGACAAUAAGGGAGGUGCUCUUUUUGAUACCCUUAAAUUUGAAAUUAACGAGGAGCCCAAGAGGGAAGCUACAAAUGAUGGAUUUGAUUAUUUAGUAUUAAAAGAGAACUCUAUAAAGACAGAAAACGAACCAUAUGAAGAUAAAUUCAUACCAUUUGAAGAAAAAGAAACACGUGAUAAAAGUUUUCCCCAUGAAGAUAUACAAACUGAUGAAGAUAUACAAAGUGAUGAACAGUUAUUUAAAGACUAUAUUAGAAUUACCGCUGAUAUGGACCAAUGUUUAAGUGCCUCGACGAAUAUGAACACCGAGGAAAACUACGUUACCACUGAAAUUUGCGCCAUUUCAACAAAGAAUCAUUUAGAACCAGAUACGAGGGUUUACGUUGGAGACCAAGUUUUCACGUGUAAAAUAUGCAUUAAAAACUUUUCAGAAAGUUCGCAUUUAAAAUCAAGUGUAAACAGUCACGUUGCAAGAAAAAAACAUUUAACGUGUGGAAUUUGUUCUAAAGAGUUUAAUAAAGAUAGUCAUUUAACAGUACCUACUGGAGAAAAUGCUUUUCUAUGUGAAAUUUGCUCCAAAAGUUUUUCACAAAGAUCCAAGUUAACAGAACAUAUGAAAGUACAUACUGGUGAAAAACCUUUUGCAUGUGAAAUUUGCUCUAAAAGUUUUUCACAAAAAUAUAAUUUAAAAGUUCACAUGAGAGUACAUUCUGACGAUAAACCUUUUGCAUGUAAAAUUUGCUACAAAAGUUUUUCACAAAGAUUCAAUUUAACAGAACAUAUGAGAGUACACACUGGCGAAAAACCUUUUGCAUGUGAAAUUUGCUCUAAAAGUUUUUCACAAAAAUCCGGUUUAACAGUUCAUCUGAGAGUACAUUCUGGCGAUAAACCUUUUGCAUGUAAAAUUUGCUACAAAAGUUUUAUACAAAGAUUUCAUUUAACAGAACAUAUGAGAGUACACACUGGCGAUAAACCUUUUGCAUGUGAAAUUUGCUGCAAAAGUUUUUCACAUAGAUCCAGUAUAAAAGAACAUAUGAAUAUACACACUGGUGAGAAACCUUUUGCAUGUGAAAUAUGCUUUAAAAGUUUUUCACAAAGAUCCAAGUUAAGACAACAUAUGAGAGUACACACUGGCGAAAAACCUUUUGCAUGUGAAAUUUGCUCUAAAAGUUUUUCACAAAAAUCUGGUUUAACAGUUCAUCUGAGAGUACAUUCUGGCGAUAAACCUUUUGCAUGUAAAAUUUGCUACAAAAGUUUUAUACAAAGAUUUAAUUUAACAGAACAUAUGAGAGUACACACUGGCGAUAAACCUUUUGCAUGUGAAAUUUGCUGCAAAAGUUUUUCACAUAGAUCCAGUAUAAAAGAACAUAUGAAUAUACACACUGGUGAGAAACCUUUUGCAUGUGAAAUUUGCUCCAAAUAUUUUUCACAUAGAACAAAUUUAAUAGGACAUAUGAAAGUACACACUGGCGAUUAAGCUUUUGCCUGUGAAAUUUGUUCCAUAGGUUUUUCACAAAAUUCCACUUUGACACAACAUGUGAGAUUACAUACUGGUGAUGAACCUUUUGCAUGUGAAAUUUGUUAAAAAUGUUUUUCACAUAGAACAAAUUUAAUAGGAGAUAUGAUAGUACACACUAGCGAUUAAGCUUUUGCAUGUGAAAUUUUCUCCAAAGGUGUUUCACAAAAUUCCACUUUGACACAACAUGUGGAUGUGAAAGUGCCACUUUAACAGUUAUUAUGAGAAUACACAGUGGCGAUAAACCUUUUGCAUGUAAAAUUUGCUACAAAAGUUUUUCACGAAGUUUCAAUUUAAGAGAAUAUAUGAGAGUACACACUGGUGAUAAACCUUUUGCAUGUGAAAUUUGCUCCAAAAAUUUUUACAAAGUUCGAAUUUAAGAGAAUAUAUGAGAGUACACACUGGCGAUAAACUUUUUGCCAAAUUUUCUCAAAGAAGUUUUUACGAUGAUCGAGGUUAACAAAAAAUCAUAUGAGAAUACACAAUAGAUGUAUUUCGGAAAUCACUGAAAUUUCACAUGUAAAUCUUUUGCAAUUGCAAUUUGUACCAACAAUGUUCACAUAGGUCCUAUUUAAAAAAAACAUGAGAAUACACGCUGUAAAUCAGUUUUGCAUAUGAAAUUGACACCAGUUCUAAGAUCAAGGUUAAUAGAACAUAUAAGAAUGCAUACUGGAGAUAAAACACUUUAAAUGUGAAUUUUGCUGCAAAUUCUUUUUUACAAAUUGUCUGCAAAAUUUACCGUGGAGGUAAUACAUUGCAUGUGGAUUUUUGUCAUUUACCCAUGUAAAAAUGAUAGAAAAGAGUAAUAAAUUUAAUAGUAAAAUUUGGACUAGCGGAAUUCAUCUUUUUUAAAUAUAGUUGUAUUUAACAAGUGAGUCUUUACAUAAAAGUGUUUUAUAUAAAUUGUGAUUAAUAAAUAAACACAAUUUAAUACUG